UUCUUUGACUGUCCGGUGGUCGGCUGAUGUCUUACGCCUUAAAACGAAUGAGUUUUGAUUCAGAAAUGUUUGUAAUUUAUUGCCACACAGACACAAGUACCCUGACCCCCACUAACUUACUAACUUUAAUACAGUGUAAACAUGGGUUUCAUGUAGCUUACAGGAGCGCUAGGCAGGACUUGCUAGCAUGAGUGUCGCGCCGUAGGUGACUCCUCACGUUACCCGUAGUCUGAGCAAAGUUAGAGAAAAGAGCUGCUUUUGAUUCUCGAGUAAAGUUUAAACCUGUUAAGUUCUGUUAAAAUUUAAAAAUACCAAAGGAAAAUUUGAAGCCGGCUUAACCCCGCCAAGCUACGCUGCGUCAUUCAAGCUAACGAAGAACCUCCAAAGUGCUGAGUUCAGUGUUCAAAACAGACCAGACAAGGCUAAGAGAAAACAAACUUUGAAGUUAAAGCCCCUCAUCAUGUCUACAGUUUCAUCAUUCCAGGGUUUUGACUGUCAUUGAAAGACUAAACAGGAGGAUCCAGAGUUUUUCCAGAGUAUCCUUCAUUCAGUUUCCCGAGCCUUGCCUCCUGCAGCAGCAUGUCUUUGUUCAGUAUCAUCCCCAUCACCAUGCUCAGAGUCUGGAAACCUGAGAGGGCCAUCCUUCAGCCAGCCAGGCAAACCCACACCUGCCCUGUCACUGUAAGCAGCUUUGGUUUGCUGGAGGACCUUAGGGACCCCUGACAGAGCUGUCUCAAACUGUAAAAGGAGUCUCUGCAUAUCUUCUGUCUCUGUUUUGGGGGCAUGCUUUCCCUCAACUCUGCAGAAGUGAGAUGAUAGGGCCUGCAGAUCAUUACCUGAGACUGGAGAGACUUGCAGAUCCGACGCAAGGCUACGGGAGACUGAUCACUAAAGAUCAAAACAAAGGAGAGAGCCAGCUACUUGUGGCAGAUGGCUGUCCAUCUCCAUGUCCGGUUCUGCUCAAGAUUUCUACCUGUAACAAUGACGCCUUCGCACAGCGGCACUCUCCCCUCCCACCUCCUCCUCCUGGGUCGGAACCAGCGCAGCGGCGAACAAACUCCAGUCCAGGCCGAGAGACGGUGAUCGGGCUUCGGCCUCAGGUGAAUCUCUGAGGCGGGGCGACGCGGGAGUCCAGGUGUUGUGGAGGCAUGGACUGUAACUGCGUCAGUGAUCUACUGCUCCCCCCGGUGCCCGCUCUCUGGACGCCAGGGUUCGCCUUCCCAGACUGGGCCUACAAGCCUGAGUCGAGCCCCGGGUCCAGACAGAUCCAGCUGUGGCACUUCAUCCUGGAGCUUCUGCAAAAGGAGGAGUAUCAGGGGGUGAUCGCCUGGCAGGGGGACUACGGGGAGUUUGUCAUCAAGGACCCGGACGAGGUGGCCCGGCUGUGGGGGAUUAGGAAGUGCAAACCUCACAUGAACUAUGACAAGCUGAGCCGAGCACUGAGGUAUUACUACAACAAGCGCAUUUUGCAUAAAACCAAAGGAAAACGUUUCACCUACAAGUUUAACUUCAGUAAGGUGGUGCUGGUGAACUACCCCAUCCUGGAUAUGGCAAACUCUCCUUUCUUUCUGGCUCAGAAUCACUUCAAUGGGGGUUCAACGGCGCCAGACUGCAGCCCAGAGGCCAUACAGUCCCUGUUUCCUCGUUUGCCAGACUCCGGCAGGGGAACGUCUCUGUUUGAUCGAGGGACAACCGCACCGGGGCCCGAAGGAGACAAGCUGAGACUGGACACGUUCCCCUUUCUCAGUUCAGGUGCCCCGUGCUACUCCAAACCCCCGUCCCUGCUGGGCCCGUACUCACGCAACCCACCCUUUGACUACCCCUGGGGCUUCAACCCCUACCUCCCAGGGGCCUUCUCUCUCAAUAACUGCCCCAAACUGCCCCCUGGCUCGCUUUACCCCUCCCAGUUCUACCCCAACCCUUUACAGAGCAGCCUCUCCCAGCUGCCUCACCCUUUCUCCUCCCUGCUCCCCCCAGGGGAGGCAGGUGGAGGUGAGAGAGGGGCGGCGGGGCAAACUGGAGGCACAAACGGCACAGCGGGUGGUCAACCAGUCAGACUGUGCCUGCCACCGUACCCAGGGAGCCUGUCAAUGGGUCGGACGGACAUUGGGGCAUCAUUGGGGGAGAGGGAGAGGGUGGAGGUGAAUCCUCCAGGCACAGGGCUAGGUUUGGGUCUGGGAGCAGUGGGACUGGGAGCCGAAGCUGUCACGGGCCAGCAGAGCCCUACGGAGAGGAGAGGUGGAGGGGUGAAGCAGGACCCGGAGUCAGACUCGGACCUGGAGAUCACAGAUCUAAGCGACUGCAGCUCGGACAACGAGAACGAGCACGAGUUUGGCAUUGGGAAGGAAUCCAGCCUGGCGAGCCGAUCACAGAUACUACUGGAUGGGAAGAAAGGGAGCGUGCUGCCACCCAUCUCCUCUCUCCCUCCACCCGUGUCCCCGCAUCCUCUGAAGAGCCUGAUGCCCCUCACUCCUCCUCCUCCAUCCCUGCCUCCCUCGCUCUCCCCCUCCAUGGCGCUGCAUGACAGACACAGAGAGACAGAGACUCUCAAAAUGAUCCACAGCUAAUACUUUCUCUCCAGCGUCCACCAUCUUUGCCAGUCUGUGCUCUGAUAACUCUCUUUUUCUCUCCUUUCUUUUCUCGGAGACACUUUCCUGCUUUAAAAUGUCAACUCUUGAUGGACACUUUCUUCCAGGAAAGGCAGUUAUGUUCUUUACUCGUAGAACUACUGUUUCCCUGUUUGCCGUGUAAGUUUUUAACUCGCCUACAGUCCAUUACUCUGCAGACGUGUCCAUCUUUAGGUGUGCACUUUCCCAAGGUAUUGGCUGUCCAUAUCACCAUCUUGUCCUUUCUGUUUUGAUCUCUCACACCAAAUGAUCGCUCCACACUUUGCAGACUUGUUAAACACGUUGCCAGCAAGGACUCGACAAUUUGCUGUCUGCGGACAAGCUAUGAUAGAAAGCAGCGAGGUGGUAAAUUACAGCACAGCAACGCCCGCCCUGACAAACAUUAACAAACAACAUCCCUAUACUAACAGAACAGAACAACAAAUAAUGCUCAGAUCGAUCCAAUUUUACACAUUUGUCCUGUAAUUCUCCAGAUUUGGACCACAUAUAUAAAUAUAUAUAAAAUCACUUUGAGUUUUGAGACAUAGUCAAACGCUGCCACCUAGUGGUCUUUUUAACCAGCAUCUUCUUUAAUGAAAUCCUUUCAUCUCAUCUUAAUCCUGGGAGGAAAAAUGUUGCCUCUGAGUUUACUUUGCUCUUACUUUCAAACACUAUUGUUUCUUGCAGGUUUAUUUAAAUGUUAUAAUCUUUUUUUUUAUAGUGAUAACUGUGAUAGUGUGUGAUUAUUUAUUUUGUCCUGUGGUUUGAGUAUUUUCUGCACAUUUUUAUCAAAAAAGGAAAGAAAAAGAGAGCAGAGGGAGCUGGACCAAUCUAGAAAUUUGUAUGAAUAUUUCUGUGUAUAUAUUUUAUUAUUGUGUACAUUACAUUUAAUUAUUAUUCACUAUGAUAAGAUUUAGCUGUAUUGUUGUGAUUUAAUUCAGUAUUUAAACAUGUUGGAUAAAUUAUAAGCUUAGGUGUAUCAAAGUUUAAAUUAUUAAUGGAAGAAGAUCUGCACUCUGAAGAUGUUUUUCUAUGAUGAGGACAGAGUUCACACUGUGGGAAUUGUCUCAAACCCAAUUAAUCGUGCCCUUUGGUCAUUUUUGCCAGAUGCCCGACGUACAAACCCUUUGGGUUCAAAAAUAUGCCGGUAGACUUAUUUUUAUAGUUAGCAUUCACCAAGUGUAACUGUAAUGUAAUUAGUCUAAUGUGAAUAAUAUUGGUCUUUGCAUUUUCUUUUUUUAAAUCCUCCCCUCUAAAUCUGUUUUUGAUUAUUUUUCAAUCAGUGCUUUUUGUCGGCGCCAGCAGCACAGCAAUUUGGUUUACAUGAGGACAUUAAACGCUGUUUGAAAAAUUAUUCAAAAACGGUUUAUUUCUGCUCAAACAGAUCUACUGAAACAACAUCCUGUCUGCGGCCCGGUUUUCACAGCACAGAGUGAACACUAAACCAUAUUGUACAGCUUCAUAGCCUUUAUAUCCGAUGGUUUGUCAAACAGUGGCGGUAUACGAUUCGUUGUGAAAGCUCUAUUGUAAAGUUAAUGUAAAGCUCUAUGUUUGUUGAGUUGCUACAGGAAAAAGGCCUCCAGUCACCUCCUCCAUGUGGAGUUCACAAACAAACAGCUGUAAAUACUGUUUCCUCUGUGUGUAUAUGUGUGUGAACACAUCCAAAAACAACAAUGCAGUGCUUUUACCUGUCAUCUCUUUGUUUUACUGUAAAGAGGAAAAAUGGAAAGUGGCAAAAAAGAAGAAAAAGAUUAAUAUCUUCAA